UCGAUUUCAUCAUCAUCAUCAUCCUUGUUCUUCUUCUUUCUUCUUCAUCCUUGUUGAUCUCAUCGCAAUAAUAAUAAUAAAACUACUGUCUCUAGAUUCUUGCACAAAAAUCAUGGAGGAUCAUCAUCAUCAAUGGAAGAAGGAUUGUUUGUUUUUGUUCUGACAAAAGAGACCGAGACGGAUAAUCACGACGGAGGGGGGAGGGGAGAGAGAGAUCGACAAAUCGGGAGAUCGGAGAAAUGAUGGGGAUGAUUCCUUCCGCCGCCAAACUCCGUUUCCGAUCUUCUUCAAUCGAUUCGUAUUGCUUCGCUCAUGAGGCUUUCUCCGAUUGUACCAUCAUCAUCAUCUCCGUCUUCUCCGUCCAUUUCUUAUAGCCAUUUUUUUUUUGUUCUCCCUGUAAUAAUAAUAAUAAUCUCCCUUCCUCGAUCCUUUUUUUGCUUCUUUUCAUUUGUAAUCUCCCUUCCUCGAUUGGUUUGUUUUGUUUGUGCAUACACAUAUACAUAUAUUGGCUUCUGGUUCUGGAUUUUUAGGUCAGAUAUCGUCCAUGGAAGAGGCUGAUUUCGCCGAGAAAGAUCCUUCUGGCCGUUACAUCAGGGUACNCAGAUAUAAGGCGUUUGACGAAGUAGACGGGAUUGAAGUUGCUUGGAACCUAGUUAGCAUUGAGGAUGUAAUGCAGAUGCCUGGUCAACUUGAAAGGCUCUAUUCUGAAGUUCAUCUACUAAAAGCUCUAAAACAUGACAACAUCAUCAAACUCUUCUACUCUUGGGUUGACGAAAAGAGCAAGACUAUUAACAUGAUCACUGAGCUUUUCACCUCUGGUAGUCUCAGGCUAUACCGUAAGAAGCAUAGGAAGGUCGAUCCCAGGGCCAUCAAGAACUGGGCAAGGCAGAUUCUCAAAGGCUUGAACUAUUUGCAUUCUGAGACUCCUCCUGUUAUUCACCGCGAUCUUAAGUGUGACAAUAUAUUUGUCAAUGGAAAUACUGGAGAGGUCAAAAUUGGAGAUCUCGGACUCGCAACUGUUCUGCAGCAACCCACUGCACGAAGUGUGAUAGGUACUCCUGAAUUCAUGGCUCCUGAGCUGUAUGAAGAGGAAUACAAUGAGCUUGUGGACAUCUAUUCUUUUGGCAUGUGUAUGUUGGAGAUGGUAACCUGUGAAUAUCCAUACAACGAGUGCAGAAACCAGGCUCAAAUUUAUAAAAAGGUCACCUCGGGUAUAAAGCCUCAAUCUCUCAACAAAGUUGAUGAUCCUCAAGUUAGGCAAUUUAUAGAGAAAUGUCUUCUUCCUGCCUCUUCAAGACCAACUGCUCUAGAUCUCUCGAAGGACUCGUUCCUUGCAAGAGAUGGGUGCAAGGACUCUGCUCUUCUUGCUUCAUCAAGCACAGCAUCUAAACCUGUGAGACCACCACAGCAUGAACAUCUUCCCAUGGAUGUGGAUCAUAACGAGAAUAGAAGUGUCUCCAGUGGCUCCUCUCGUAAAAGCAAUGAAGACUACUCAUGGUGCCAAACGAUUGAACUUCAGAGGUUUGCAGAGGAUAAAGAGUUCAGGUUGAGAGGAGAGAGGAGUGAUGAUGUCACGGCAGCAAUGCUUCUGCGUAUUGCUGGCUCAUCUGGUAAAUGUAGAAUCGUACACUUUGCAUUCUAUCUGCACUCAGACACAGCUAAGGCAAUCGCUGAGGAAAUGGUUGAGGAGCUGCAUCUAACAAGCGAAGAAGUUGUUGUGAUUGCUGACAUGAUAGAUGACUUGAUGAUGCAACUUAACUCUGACCGAACCUCGUCGCAUCAUAAUCAAAACUCUCCA